AUGGUAUCAUCUGUUGACAUGAUCUACUGGGAGUUACUCGAUGAAUUCUGCUGGAGACCGCGGUCAACAAUUGCAGAGAGGGUCCACAACGUCACCACGAUUCCAGAGAAGCAUAGAGAGCGCGAGAGGUUCGUACGCCUCAAGAUCCGCCACCUUCAGGAAUACUAUACCGAGCUUGGAGAAGAAUCAACAGUCGAAUAUGAGGAAGAGGGGUUUACAAAACCACAAGAGACUUUCGACCAUGGGACGAGGUGUGCUGAAUCAUGUACUUCACUCCCUUUUACAGCCCUGGGCGCAGGAAGCCACGUCUAUUUACCGCUUUGUAUUGGUCUCUUUUCACUGGGCUGCGUGGUUGGCCUUAUAGCGAAGAGGAUUAUCGUCAGGUGA